UGUAACCGAUAGAGAUAGGGAGCCCGCGGAGUCCGUAGUUGAGUUUGUUAUUUUUUUUGUGGUAGCAUUAGGAAGGUAAUCGGGGCAGAUAGCAUUAACGGUUGGCUCCGCGCUCAAGUGUGGCAGACCGCAAGCAUGACGAGCGCCGGCAACUGCGCUCUCGUGCUUCUCUUCUUGAUUACGGCGGUGUUAGCACAAGACUAUGACGUGACGGACAUUCAAUGCACGUUCGCCAGCGGCGGCUCUGGUAUUCGAGACUCCGUGACAGCACUUCUCAGGAAGCCCGAAGGGUUCCGUGGUGCCCCACUCUUCGCCGACGAUCGAACAACCGACCCUAUAGGCGACCCAGUAUGCCAGAUACGACCGGAGUCUGACGACCCCACCGGGUUACUCUACAGGUUGAGAAUCAACGACUUCACCAAAUGCGGAGUACUAAAAAGAAAUGGUUUCGUGCACGUCCGCAUAUGGUUCCCGCAGUUCCCUGGAGUAGUCAUGCAGUCAGACCAGGAGCUCAUAAUCAUGUGCAAGCCACCAGAGCCGACCAUCAUAGAGAACAAGGCAGCAGGUUUUGCCGGCAGCUUUCCGCACGGCGCUCGCGUCUCCGGCGUGGUGGAGGAGACACCUGGGCGACUGGAAUACGAAGUGGCACUGUACAAAGAAGCGCCACCUGUCUCGCGCCAUUCCAACCACUCCGUGGACAUGCCUGUCGAUCAGGCUGUACCGAUCGGAACAAAACUUCAACUCCGAGCACGUAUCAACCCCGACUCUGCCUGGCGUCACAUAAAGCUUCUUGAGGUAGCCGUUUCUCCUGAUCCCGAUCGUCCACAUGCGCCUGGUGCUGUUUUACUGGUUAAAGAUGGAUGCCGAAACAGAGAUUUCGCAUCAAUCAUCCCGCACCAACCGGCCCGCUAUCGUGAGCGACACAACGAAGUGUUUUUGGACUUUGAAGCCUUCCUUCUUGCCUCCAUGAAAGAACGUUCCACUCUUUGGAUACAUUCGCAGAUAAAAGCCUGCAUGGACGUCGCCGAUUGCCAACCUGAUUAUUGUCUAGAUUUAUUUGAACCUUCAGGACACGGUCGUCGCAGAAGAUCGUUACCAGAUUCAAGUUCGUCAUAUAACAUAACAAGUUCAUCUUUGAUCGCUGAUAACGGUACAACUCCUUUCACGAGGUUCAAAGAAAACCUCGAGUACACAGUUGUCAUGCCAGGAGAGCUGUUUCAUCGGACGCCGUUGGAAGGAAAUUGUGCUACCUCAAUGAUGGUUGCUGUGGCACUGGGAGCAUUACUUUUCAUGUCAGCAUUACUGAUGUGCUAUCUAGCGACAAAAUUGAAUUCAACAAUGCUGAAAAAUAGCAGCCUUCACGCGCCAUCGGGGAAAGGUUUCGAACAAAUACUUAGAGAACUGGCACAACAUUCUUUGCCCGAAACGGGUUAUACAGGUCGCCCUACUGUUCAAUGAUUAUAAUGUUUAUGUACCUAUUUACAAUUAAUAAGAUAGGAAC